AUGGAGUUAGGAGGCCGACUUGAGUUUGACGACGGUCGGUAUUACAUAGGUGCGUUGAAUGAUUUGAAGCCUCAUGGCUUGGGUGUCAUGUACAAUGCAAAUGACCAAGAGAUUUACGCUGGAGAGUUCUAUAAAGGCGAUGAGGUAAGAAUCGAAGAAUCAUCUAGGCGGAAAACGAAUCUCCAUACAGCAAAACCUUUCUAUAACAAAAAAAUUUUUGGCCUAUAGGUUUUCUUUUACUGAGAAUCUGCUUUAUUAAUACAGUUAAUUUCCAGACAACGGGUGUUAAAACAUUUCCGGACGGUGCAAUCUUCGAAGGCCAUCUUCAAACGACCAACCCUCAUAAAGGAUUGGGUGUUCAGAAAAGCGCUCACAACUGCGUAAACUACUAUGGUGAAUACAGCAGGAAUGACGAAGUGACGAAUGGAAUUUUGAGAAUAAGAAACAGUCGUUGCAAAUACAGUGGAUCAAUCAUGAACAAUCUACCGCACGGCUUCGGAUAUUUGACUUACGAUUGUUUCAAUUUGUAUACUGGUAAGAGCAAGUUGGACAAAAAAAUUUAGAUUUUUAUUGCAUUUUAUGGUCAAAAAUCCAACAACAAAUCCAUUCACUAUACCCUCAAAAUCUGUUAUUCCAGGUGAAUUCGUCAACGGAAAGCGCCACGGGAUUGGGCAGUUGAUGACCACGACCUACGGAAGAGCCACGAGAAACCGCCGCUCCAGAUCUAGCGCCUCUUUGAACGCGUUUCUGGACGACAGUGAGGAUGAAUUGGCGGAAGACGUGGAACUUGUCGGCUGUUCCAGUUUCCGCAGUGGAUUUACGUUGGACUUGCGAUCAAGAGAAGACCGGGACAAGCUGAUGGACGAAGAGCUAGAAGAAGAUGGUGGAUUUUGCGUGCUGAGGGUGGGUUUUUGACGUGUCGGGAUUUUUGGGUCGAUGACAGUUCGGGUCAACGCAAAAUUGAUUGAUCGAGACGUAGCACGGCAAACCGAAAUGGAACAAAAAUGUCUCCCGCCCACUUUUGAGUUUCGUUCAAACGAAGUGUCACAACUGACAAAAGCAAUAAAAUAAUUCCGAGAAAAGUAUUUUUCCAUCGAAAAACCACACGAAAAAUUCUGUUGUGACAUUUCGUGUGAAUUUGACCGAUACUGGGUGUGUGAAGUGCCGAAACGAGGAGGGAGACUCCCUGGGUUGCCGUGCGUAGGGUCGGCGGAGGCCGAGAAAAGUUUGUAGGAAGUAUUUACGUUGCAAGAGGUGCCUGCAAGGUCUGAAAAAUCUGUUUAAUGCUCGGUGGACGCCGUUUUUACUGUGAAUUUCGAUACUCCAAAAAUUUAUUUUUACUGAGCAUGUUCAAUUUUAGUCCACCUCCGAUUUUAUCGACCCAAGAGCCACCGAAAUCUACGUUGGAGAAUGGAAAGAUGACAAAAGGAACGGCUAUGGAAUGGUGACUCGGAACAACGGCUCAAGCUAUCAAGGCCAAUGGAAGGACAACAAACGACAUGGAUAUGGGAUUACAACUUAUGCCGAUAAACAGUAAGUUCCAUUUAAGAUUUUUUGUUCUAAUCACUGCGACUUUUCAGCGUUGAACUGGGAAGAUAUUUGAACAACAAACUGAUGGAAACGACCGCUCCGUCUCGCUUCAACGGCGUUUCGGCUUUUCGGUCGACGGUUGCAGAGGCCGCCAAAAUAGCCGAAGAAUUUCCGGAGAAAGGUAAGGUUUACUACGUAUGUGUAUAUAUCAGUCUGUCGGGAAAAUAAUGAGCGCAAUGUCGCUGUGCUGGUCUUCGUCACUGAAGUGGAAAGUAAUUUUAUUAAUUUUGCCGCAACACAUUUAAUUUUCCCAGCGGCGAUGCGAUUUUCGAUGCGACAGAGUGCUCAUUAUUUUCCCGACAAAUUGAUAAUGCAAUAUUUAUUAGCCGUAUGUCUUUGCGAUCCAUAAAAUCGACUUUGUUUUUCAGUCAAACGCCUAGAAGAAGAGAUGAAAUCGCGGCAUUACGCAGCCUGCAACAAGGCGGAAAAAGCGAUGGAAUAUCAAAUUAGGGCUAGGAAUUACGCCGAUGACGCUCGAUCUGUCGCAAAGCAAUGUGGUAAAGAUGUAAGAUGACGUUUAUUACAACAAAUUUUUAAAUUUUUUUAAAAAUUUUUUAUCGCUUUUGCAAUUGAAGUCCCCAAUUUUCAGGACAAUGUUUUCGUCCUGGACCAGCGAACAUGGCAGCCGAAACUCGAAGAAAUUUCCCCGCAACUGUAA